ACCAGUUGUGUUGAUCAUCUCAUGCCAUGCCAUCUUCCAGCUGUGAUGCAGAGAUCUGCUGAGGGCCUCUUGCCAGGGGAGGAGCCUGUAACAUCUCAUUCGCAGCCUGUCUGAAUCGUAUUCGGUUUCUCGGAAUAAGCACCAAAUUCGGAAUGCAUGUCUGUGGACGAGGUUCAGGGAGGUUGUUGUUGACUAGCAAUAAGCACUGAAUCAGCACGGCUUUUGUUAACUGCCUAAGAAUCACGGGCGAACGUCGAGGGUCGAGGCAGCAGAGCAGGCGUGAGGGAAACUAAGUGAAAGGAAGGGUGGAAGGGUGCUUGGAGGAGCUUGUUUGCGAAAGUUGGUCCCUAGUAUGCGUGCAUGCCGGCUUUGCGACUGUUUCAAUGUAGAGUGCAAUUCAAGUCCGCAAGAACCAUUUUCAGAAACCUUGUCUGGGCUAUUAGGUUGUAUGCAAUAAGCUAGAGUGUAGAGUCUGAAGAGAAGAAUCUUGGCAGUAAGAAUUCGGAACCGUCAGCAAAGGCGGUUAUUCGACUGCUACCAACCUCAUCUAUCUCAGGGAGCAGGAUGGCGGCAGAUAUACGGCGUGAGGACGACUCAGCGAGCAGGUUCUCCUGUCCCUCGCGGCCAGUAACGGGAGCAGAGGCCGUGACUCCCGCUACAAGUCCUCCGAGGAGCUUCGCGAGGAGAGUUCGUCACCAACGGUCGUGGUCGGUUUUAUUAUCUUCUGAGGCUCCUCAAUCCUUGUGGUUAGGAAGCUCGUUUGAGUUCCCCAAGGUCUCGCGGUCAGGACGGCCUUUGGAGUUCUCUCAACCCUCUCGGUCGGCUCAGUCCUCUGAGCUCCCUCAGCCAUCGUUGUCAGGACGCUCAGAGGAGUUGCCUCGAACCUCGUUUUCGGGGCUAUCUACCAGCAGGCUGUACGAGCUGACACUCGACACGCCGCCCAAUCAGGAGCUCCUGUUUGUCCCCGCUACAAGCAGCAAGAAGGCAGCACGAGCACUGAAUGCCGAUGGAGGUCCCGAGGUUCAUGAGGAGCCUUCCUCGCCAGGCUGGGCAGAUCUGAAGGCUCAGUGCGAGCUGAUGGACGAGGAGAACCGUCGGAUCACAUCAGUCAAUCUCACGCACAUCCCUCAUGGCAACCUCGAGGGGGAGGAGACUCACAGCCUAUGUGGCGACAGCCGAAGAAGAGGAGGGAAGGAUGCGGACGGGGUUAUCAUGUACGGGCUUGGCUGGCAGCCCUGCAGCCACGUGGAAGCUUCCCACAUCAAGGUUUCUGACGUCAAGAAACCUGAAGGGUGGAGGGAAUCAGAGGCGGUGCGAAGGCACGCAGGAAUCGGGAAGUCGCACAGGCGGCAGCAGUCCUGCCCAACGGACUACUGUGCUGCAGGGAAGGCAGCUGGGUCUGAUUUGUUGUGGGAUGAACGAGGCGUGGAGAGGGAAGGUGAAGGGAUUGGCGAGCAGUGGCAGCCAGAGUGGCGUGUGGGAGACCUCUCUGGAAGAUACUCAAGGCAACGAGAGACAGUGCCUCAGCAGCAGGACCAGGGGCAGCAGCAGCAGCAGCAGCAGCAGCAGGAGGAGGAGGACGAGGAGGAGGAGCGAGAACAGCAGCGGCAUAAGCAAGGUCAUGGCGUUUUGAGCCUUUUCGCCACGUGGCACAGCCGGACUCGCUCAAGACAUGAGGAGUUUCAGUCGGCAGUUUCGACUCUGUCCCCCACUCCAUCGCCCCCUCUACCAACCCUCACUCCAUCACCCCCUCUACCAACCCUCACUCCAUCACCACCUCCCCCACAUCCACCUUCACUCUCCUUGGCACCUCGCCACCGCAGAAGCUCCUCUGGGGUGCUACAGCCCACGUACAUGCUCCGAGGCUGGCACAAGCAGGCGAGAGAGGGAGAAGAGGCUGCUUUGACUCCAUCCCCUCCCCCACCAUCCUCCCUCGCACCUCACUACUGCCGGAGCUCCUCAGGGGUGCUGCAACCCACGUUCGCACCACGAGGCCGACCUGACCAGGCGAGGGAUGGAGAAGAAGAGGUUGUGGGCAGAGCGAGUGGAGGGAGAAGAGGAUUACAAGACGGUUCCGCUGAUGAGCCAGGAGCACACUCAUUCGGUUCGCUACAUCGUUACUUAGGUUCUCCGUUAAACCCAGUACCUCGAAGGAGUGCCUCGGAUGACAACGCUUUGUCACUGCGCUCACCACCACCCAUUCAUUGUGGGCAACCAUUCAGCGAGGCCCCUUCCAGCCAGGCUACAUCUGGGCUGGGUACACACAGCCAGGGGUUGUCCAAACAGGGUCUUUUUGGGCAGGGUGUAUCCAGGCAGUUUGAUUUGGAACAGGUGAGCUGUCAGGACGUGGUACCACCUGUGUUGGAACCACCUGAGAUUCCACCUGGGCAAGGGCAGCAGGUGGCGGAGGAGAGGCUGAGAGAGGCCUUUGCCAUGGGGUACCUGGCGGGCCUGCGGGAUGCUGCUGCAGGCGUCGCUCUUGCUGCUCCUGCUGCCCCUUGUCCUCCUCCUGCUGCUGCUGCUCCUGCUGCUCCUACUGCUCCUGCUGCUGUGCCUGCUGCUCCUGCGGCUGCUGCUGCUGCUGCUGCUGCUGCUGCUGCUGCUGCUGGUCGUGCUGCGUCACCUCUGCAGUUUCUGCGCAGGACCAUGCCCAGAAUGUACCGAAGCAGCACGGUCAGUGGAGACUCGCAUGGAGGCUCGCGAGGCUCUGAUGGCGGUGGUACACCUGACCCGUUGCAACCCCCUGAGUCAGCUUCGCCCCUGCCUCGUGCAUGGGAUUUCCUACAGCCACGCAAGGUACUGUCUGGUCCGUUGCAGCCCCGCUCUAGUCCAUUGCAGCCCCGCUCCAGUCCGCUGCAUGCCCAUACAUUGUCGGGGCAACGGCAACCUCAAGUGUGGUCUGGGCCAUUGCAGUCCCGUGCGGCGAACAGAGCCAACAGGGUGCCUGCUCGUGGGGUUGUGCCUCUGGCUGAAGCUUCCGGGUUUGAAGGUGGCAGUGCCGGGGCUGGUGCAGGCAUGGUUGGUGGUGUUAGUGGUGCUGGUUGCGCAUCUUUGCAUGCAGAACGACUGAGGAGCGUGAGGAACCUGCUGACACAGCAGCAGCAACAGCAGCAGCCAGGGGCGCUGGUGGAGGAGCAGGAGCAGGAGCAGCGGCAGCAGAGGAGCUGUGCAAGGCGCAGGGCGACUGGCAGUUUGGGAACGUUGGAGGAGCUGGCAGGGAGAGCACCACAGACAGCACAGGCAGCAGAGGAGCCAUCAGCAUCAGCCAGAGCUCGUGGUGUUCGCUGGGAGACAUCGGGUGGCAGGAGGCACAAUGGAGACGGCAGUGAUGUUAGGUUCGAACGGUCGUUGUCUGAUGUCACAGGUGUGGGCAACGAGGUAGCAGCAGGGGGGGAGGGGAUGGAGGGAAAGGUUGUGGUACAGAGAGCACCAUCCGUGACUGCCCCACCUGCUGCUGCCGCUGCUGCUGCUGAUACUCUUGCUGCUUCUGGUUCUGCUGCUACUGCUGCCCCUUCUGCUGCAGCUGGUGCUAGUGAUGUGGUGGCUGCUGGCGCUUGCAGUGGCGCUGACAGCGAUUCAGACAGCAGUGCUCCUCCUGGCCGAAUGAGAGCGGGAGGAGGAGGCACAGGACCCUCCUCCACGGGACCCUCCUGCACAGGCCUGCACUUGAACCGCAGACUGUUCUCCGGCCGGCUGCUGCUGACUCGUGAGUCAUAAGUUGAGAGUGUUGUCAAACAUAUAUUGUUAUGUUUGUAUAGACUGUAUAGGUUUGUGUCUUAGAGGGUACAACCCUUAGGUCAUAUACCCUUGUACUCAUGUCUUCUAUGCAUUAUU